AUGGCAUUUUGAGGUUAACUGAUAACACUUAUCACCUACCAAACAAACAACGUUCUUUUUCUAUUCGUUCACCGCGUAGUGCUAGUGCGUUUGAUUCCUUUCAUUUUCGGAUAUAGGUAAUUAAACAAAAUUCGUCAAUAUGGCCCCGAGUGGUAAUAACGUCAUCCCAAAUGGUCAUUUUCACAAAGACUGGCAACGUUACAUCAAGACAUGGUUCAACCAGCCGGCCCGCAAAUAUAGACGCCAUCAGAACCGUAUCAAAAAAGCCAAACAAUUGGCUCCUAAGCCGGCAGCUGGUCCAUUGAGACCAGUCGUUCAUUGUCCGACGUUACGGUAUCACACUAAAGUCCGUGCUGGUCGUGGAUUCACCCUGCAAGAGCUUAAGGGUGCUGGUUUAAAUAAACAUUAUGCCCGUACCAUUGGAAUUGCAGUGGAUCCCAGGCGCAGGAAUAAAAGUGUGGAGUCAUUGCAAGUGAACAUUGAACGCUUGAAGGAGUAUCGCUCCAAAUUGAUUUUGUUCCCACUAAAGAGCAAGAAUAACAAGAUUAGGAAGGGUGAAGCUACUGAGGAAGAACGCAAAACAGCUACUCAAUUGAAAGGAGUUAUAUUGCCCAUCCAACAGUCUGUUAGUAAAGAACCUGAAGCACGAGCAAUCACUGCUGAAGAAAAGAAGUUCAAUGCUUUCAACGCUAUUUGCCAGGCAAGACUUGAAGCUAAAUUGGUCGGUAUCAAAGAAAAGAAGGCUAAAGAAGCUGCUGAAAACCCAGAUGCAGCGAAAAAAGCUGCAGAAAAGAAGGGAAAAGGAAAGAAGAAGAAGUAAAUGGUGUAUAUUGUUUGUGACUUUUAUAAUAACUCAAUAAAAAAAAAGUUGACAAUUG